CUCGGCUUUUACCCUUCAUAAAGAUGCCGAGAUAAAAUGUAUGCAAGACAAUAUCUUAUUAAAAUCUUAACAACAUGACGACCAGAGCAGCGACUUUUACAUCCAAAAUACGGAACUUGAAAGAUUACAGAUCUCGUUUGAUAAAUAAUGUACAGCCAUUACCAGCAGGAAAUGAAAUUGAAAAUACACUGAAAUAUUUCUCACAGACUUUGCUAAGUGUGCUGAAAGAUGUACCCAACAUCCCAGCUGAAAGUUAUGGUCCGCGACAAAGGGACAGUGUUAGACUGUCAGUGUUUCCCAACCUGAACUACACAGGACUUUAUCAUGCUGUUCUGGAUAUGAUAGAAUUAGUUCCCACGAUGCAGAUAAGGCAGUUGGAAGUUGGAGAAAAUGUAUUGAAAGUUCUAGGUUGUCUUGUUCCCUUCCUUGAGCAUGAUUUAUUAGAUUCUCUCCCAUACACAGUGGCAUCUACCCUGGCUAUAUUUCCUCCUACAUUACACAAAGAAACUAUAGACCUAUUGUGUAGCAAUAUGUUACCAAUGACACUUGGUUAUGAUGGGGGGUUUGAACCUACCUACGCCAGUGAGUCAGCUGCAGCAAUUAUAACAAUGGUUCUUCAACACACAGAUAAUGGUUCAUACCACUCACAGAUCUUAGAAUGCUUUAUGAGUAUCAAGAGAGAUUUAGUAAAGGAUAUACUGAGUAUUAUAGCAUAUGGACCACCAUCGGCCAGAGCACCUGCUGCUAAUCUUCUGUUCUAUUACUGGCCACAAUUAAACCCUGCAUUAUCUGACAGGAGAGGGAUACACUAUAAAUAUAUUGCAUGGCCACCAGUUCUUUGUCAGAGGAGAGGAUGUGUAAACAAUGGAAAUUGUCAAGCUGUCAAGAUGUGUUUGAAUCCAGCUUUGGCCAUACAUUCAGGAGACAAACCUCCACCUCUUUAUAUCUGUAGUGACUGUGCUGACGUCCUCAGGAAAGAUCAUAGUGAAUACAUGACAGACAUAUUGUUACCCAUGUCACAUGUAUCUACUGUAUGUGAAAAUAAGAACUGUAGAGCAGGAGAGACCCUUGCAGUAUGUACCUGUUUCUCUAUAGAAUGUGCCAGUUAUAAUGGUAAUAGACCAAUCCGUUACUGUCAUGUAUGCCAUGAGUCUCGUCAUCUUACACCCAAGGGAAGGAAACAUGUUUAUCAUCUUAGUAUACCAGAGAUCUGGGAUUGUAGUCAACAGGUUCAGAGAUAUCUUAUGGAUGCUAUUACUAGCUUGUUAAAAGAAGCCCAGCCGAUUGAAUCUAAGAGGAUGGUAGAGAUGGGAGAAGAACAUAGAACACAUGCAGGUGAUGACGAGGAUUUAUAUGAGAUGGAGGAGGCUGGGGAGAGGAAGUUACUCAGUAGAUAUGGUAUCUGGUUACUGGUAGAACUAUGUAGACCUCAAGAAGAUAUACCUAUAGAAGUACUUGGCCGUCUGCUUGGGAUGUUGUUUCAGUGGUUUGAUGCUACAGCAUAUCUUCCUGAUGACAAUAUUGGAAAUGCUCUAGAAAGACUAAAGCCAGAUUACAUCUAUGACUGGCUUGAGGAAGUGUCUAAGACUCACUUUGAAGUCAUUGUUUCAUGCUUACUGCCCCAUCCUGUAGAGUAUGCAAGAGUGGGAGGAUUCUGGGAUUAUAUAACAAAUAGAACUACUCAGAUUAAAGAGGGACUGAAUUGUUUUUUCUGCUUGGUUCCUUAUGAUAUCAUUACAUUUGAAAUUUGGGAUUAUGUGAUGCCAUAUUGGUUAGAAGCAAUACGAACAGAGGUUCCAGCAGAGGACUUGCAUGAACUGAAAGUUCUUUUGAGUAAAUCAUUUGACAUUGACAUGUGUCCACUGCCCUUCACCCUUGAGAAGAUGUACUGUUUUAUAUCAGAGAGAUUUACAGAUCCCAGUGCUUAUGUACAAGAACAAGCUUUACAGUGGUUACAGAUCUUAUCAACACUUGACAUCAUAAUUCCAAUGCACAUGCUUCUUGGGAUGUUUCUGAAAGGGGUUCAGAAUCUCCAUGUUGAAUGUACUGGUCCAAUGCCAGAGAAACCUCUUAAGAAACCAGAAGGAGCCAUGGGUCAUCAGACUGUAUUUCCAGGGUCUCCAACUCAGGAGAAACCUCCACCAUUGAGCCCUGAGAAAACACAUGUAGUUGUAGAGGCCUAUGAGGUCUACGAGCGGGAAACUGAGCUUGUUUUACCAUGCUAUAUCAUGAUGUUAGAUUUAUAUUUGAAAGAGCUUGAGCUCCAGGAAUUUCCCAAAUACCUUGGUAUCUAUAAUGAGACUAGUAAACAGGUGAUGCAGAUGAUAGCGGUCAUGCUAAAGGAAGACCUUGAUGGAACCCACACCUGUUCUGAUGAUCAACAACAAGCCUGUAACUUCUGUCACAAUAUUGCAUUAUGGCACCAACUGAUGUCCCAGGUUAUGUGUAACUUUUGUCCCAGGGAUCCUGCUAAGAUUCCAACUAAAGAAGUCCCCCGUGUAGAAGAAGUGAAACAGGUCUCAUCAUCUAACUCACAGUCAAGGAAAAAUUCAACAUCAACAGAGGAAGAAGAUUCUGAGGAGAAAGAGAAAUCAGAACCAAAAUUUGAUAUAAAAGCCAUGCCACUUCAUCUUCAGCUAUAUCAUGCCUUCCUCCUUGAAUUAGAGAGGACAACAGAUACAGACGCUUCCUACUCUUUACUGACAUCAAUGAAAUAUCUGAUACUUCAUGCUGAAAGUCUUAACUACACAGUUAACCAGUAUCCUAACUAUGUCAAGUUCUCCCUAGUGAGACAUUUAAUACCAAGCUUAUGGAAAUGUCUUAUAGCUCAGCAUUCCCAGCUAGCCUUCAUAGCUGUGCCAUUACUGGUUCACUGUCUGACCUUACCUACUGGUGCUGAUAUCUGUUGGAAAAUUGUUGAAGAUGCAUAUACCAGUGAAGACUGGAGAGUUAGAUUUGCUGCUGUUGAGAAAGUGACAGUUCUGUGUCGUCUGCUUGAUUUAGAUUCUAUCUCACAUAACCAAGUAUUACAAACAGCAUUAGCUCAUGCCUUCUGUCUUCUGAUUGGUUCAUUAGAGGAUAUGAAUUCUGCUGUGGCACAGAGAGCAGUCCAAUAUCUAGAGACUAUCAAAACAUCGUCUAUCAGAUGUCUUUGCCGAUGUCUAGAGUUUCAGUUUGAUCAUGUGAUUAGUGACAGAAUAAUGAUUAUUCAGAGGAUGAGACUGUUAUCCAAUGUUCUAAAGGCAGACAAGAUUCUUACAUGGGACUUUUUUCUAAGCAGAUUAGAUACUUUGUCCUUGGAGGCACAGAUUGACCUUGAAAACAGUGGUGAUAUUCUUAUCCUUUUAGACAUAUUUAGUGCUGAUAGAGAAAAUGAAUCAUUUCUUAAGAAGUUAAACCGUGCUAGAUUUGCUCUUGCCAGGACAGACAGUAUACGUUCUGUAAGUCAGAGCUGUAAACCACCAUACAGACGUGCUGUAUCUGUCCCCAUGCAUCUAGUCACUAGAACUGCUCCACCUAAACUUGAUCUAGAAAGACAGAAGUCCUGUAUUAGACAGCAUUCAGCUCCACAUUUUAACCUAGGCAGACGAAUGACUAAGAUGAAUUUUGGGGCUUUCAGUAAUGUGUUUCCAGGAAAUUUAAAGGAGUUUUCUGACGAAGACAGUAAUUUUACAGCAUUGUUACAGAAGGCUAUGGAUAUGGAUGGUGUUGACAGGGACACAGUUUCUCAACUAGUGGCUCUUCUCAUGAAGUUUAUGGUGAGCUGUGAUAUAAAUGAAGAGGACAAGAGUAAUAUGAAAACACAGAAUGUUGUAUUACGUCAUUUGAAUAUACUGCUAGGCUACAACCAGACAGAGAAAUCCUUUACUGUACCUCCACAUAAACUCAGAACGUCAGCUGUUUUCAAUUCUUUCCUGAGUGGAGUUCCAUUUGUUUUGGAUCGAAACUUCAAACUUGGAAAUCAGAUCCUUCCAAUAACAUUACUACUGCUACAGCAUGGACCAUCUCCACAGAGAUAUGCCAGUGAUUACCAGCCUCCUAACUAUACCCUGUGGUACCUGGAACCUCAUACACAGAUAUCAUGGCUGACUACACUACUAGUUAUAUUGUAUAAAUAUCAGUUCUAUACCUCUCCUGUAUCAGCCAUUAUACAAACAUUGAUAAGAAUUGUCAUUAAUACAGUAGAUGCUCAACAUCAUAGAUGUAAAAAGUCACAUGAAGAAGGGUUUAUACCACCAAGUCCGACUAUACUGAGGAGUAGAGAGCCUAGUAAAUUGAAUGACCUAGAAAACAUCCAGGAAACAGAUACACCUCCAUCAAGUCCUAAAAAUCUAAAUGAUACUGUUAACUUUGAUGGUGGAGCUGUACAUUUCAAGAAGGGUGAUAAAGUGUCUCCAAUCAGAGAGCAGGUGAUUGAGGAAGCUGUAGAAACACCAAAACGUCCUCUUACAAGAACUACUAGGAAGCCAAGGAGACUGAUAGAGUACAGUGAACCAAAUAUGGAACCAGCCAGGGAUAAUGUACAAACCAAAAAUGUAACAUCAGCAGUAGAUAUACCAAAGAAGAAAGAAGAACCAAAAGAUUCCUUUUCUACAUCACCUGCAAAAAUAGAAACAAGUCCAGUUGAUGACAACACUAAAACAAUAUCUGUAGAGAAAGUUAUGGCCAAAAAUUUACAGGAAUUCUCUAAGCAACCAGAGAAAGGCAUUGGAAAAAUCAAAUCUGUGGUACCAGGAGAUGGAAUUAAGGUUACCUGUCCUCCAAUGUUGUCGACUGGGGUGUCCAGUAGUGCUACAGACGCAUCGAGUACAUGGACAGGAGUGACCUCAACAACAGACAUGAGUCAUGACUUGACCUCGGAACUAGAGAGUGCUGAUGACAGUGAUAAGAAUCAGACGACCUCUGACACAGAUUCAGAUAAACUUAAUACAACAAGGACCAGAACAGAAACCACAACUGACGGAAAAGAUGAAAAGAAGAGUACAAAGGGAACAGGACCAAAACCUAACUUUAGACAAAGAAAGAAUAGGAAGACUGGUCUAACUACUGUAGAAUUACAGACCAUAUUUCCAGAACUUAAUGAACCUGCUCCAGAUGAAACUCCAACUACUAAAUCAAGGAGAAGUAGAAAAAGUGAACUGCUGGAAAAGAAGGCUGUAAAGAAACCGUCAGCUUCUAGAUAUGGCGAUAACGUUAUGUUAGAUAGAUGUGCAGAAUGUAAUGCUAUCCUGGAGCAGUAUGAUGAUGAUGUCAUUGGUUACUGUAUUGUUGUCUUGGCAACCUUUAUACACAGAGAGCCGUCAUUGGCUACACCAUUAUUGUUAGAGAUGUUACAGUGUGUAUCUAGAAUAGCAUCUAGUAGUCCAUAUGCCUGGCAAGCUGAAAGUAAUCUGAUGGUACCAGGUAAUAGUUUAAGCAUUGCCAGACAGUUCCUAAGGUGUGUUUUACAUCAACUAGCACCCAAUGGUAUAUUUCCUAUGUUGUUUCAAAGUAAUUUUGAAGAUACAUAUUUCUUCAAGACAAUGGCUACAGCUUUAGUAGAUUUUACAGAACUGACUUGUCAAGCACCAAUACAGUUUUUACUGGAGGGACUGAACAGUAGAAAGAAUUUACCAUCAGACAACAUAAUGUUACUACUGAACAACUUAUCUAUGUAUAUUAACUGUAUAUCCCUCGAGUCAUCAGCACCUAUGUGGAAUAGUAUUAUAUUGCAGUUUGAUAUCUUCCUGAGGAAACUUCCAACAGUUUUACCUAAUCCAUGUGACAUGACACCAGUACUCAAAAUUAUAACAGCCAUAUUGAAAGUGUCUGGUGUGAGCACUGCAAGGUUUAUUCUUGAGCCAUUCUCCAAGUUGUUGAGUUUUGCCCUAGAGAACUGCAACUUCAAGCUACAACACAUGUUGGAUAUUUGUUCCCUUGGAAACAGAUCAUAUGUUAAGGAGAGGGACAAGUUAUACCUGACCAGAACAGUUGUGUUUGAAUUGGUCCAGGCAAUGAAGUUUAAGAUUAGUUUGCCUGAUGAAAAUUUCUUGCUUCUUGUGCAGUUUGUUGUGCUCGAUGCAGGAGGAACCAUUGCAAAUACCAACAUUCUAGGUGAACAAGGAAUGUUAUAUAUGACUCAUGCCAACAUGUUAAUUAGCACAUGUGCAGCAGAAUCUAUGAGAGAUCAUCUAAAUGAAUGUCUGGAGUUUAUAUCUGAUAUACAUACACUAUCCAAGGUCAAGAACAACUUGAAGAGUGGUAGUACUAGUUUAAAUGAAGAUACUUUAGGUAGUCAGCUGAAGUCAGGGAUUGCACAAUAUAUAGCAUUAGAAAUCACCAGAGGGAACAACAGAGACACAAAUAGGGCAAUAAUUAGAUAUUUACCUUGGCUAUAUCACCCACCAUCUACGGUUCAGCAGGGCCCAAAAGAAUUUACAGAUUGUAUUGGCCACAUCAGAACUUUGUCCUGGGUAUUGAUUGGUUCUUUGACACACACUGCCAUGACAGAGGGGGCAGCACCUGUUUCCUGUUUACCAAUACCAUUGGAUGCCAGUAGUUAUGUUGCAGAACAUGUAUUGGUCAUCAUGACUGGUUUUGAUGAAAGGUCAAAGGAUUCUGUUCUCCACAUGAGCUCUUUGUUUCAUGCUUUCAUUCUAUGCCAGUUAUGGUCAAUGUAUUGUGAGUCUGCAGCAGCUCAGCAUCCAGUUACAUCAGAAAGUCAUCAGAUAGCAUCUUCUACCAUCAUGGACUUCUGGGCAAGGGUCACACCUGGUAUUCUACAGCUACUAUCUACACCAAAAGAGUUUUCUGAGAAAGUGAACCUUCAUUUCUUAGGAUUGAUGGAAGCUUUAAGAGAAUGCAACUCUUCAGUAUUAGCUAAGCUGUUUCCAAUGUGGACAUCAAUUUUAUUCACUUAUCAUUCACAGUUACCAGGCCACUUACAAGUAAGACUUCAGUCUGUUGAGAACUGGGAACCACCUGCUCCAUCCAAUGAUAUGGCACUGUUCAACUCUAGUGUGUUGUUGUCAUGGCUGAAACGUAUACAAUUCAAACUGGGACAGAAUGAAAUCCAGUCAUCUGCUGCUACACAGUUUUAUACAGUUUAGGACAUUGUACUAACUGAUGGAUGGCAAAUCUGGAUAAAUAAUUUGUCUGCUGCUACACUGAUAUUUACUGCUUAGAUUGACAUAAAUGUGAAUUCAUUCUACAUAAGUUACACCUCUGAAUAAAUUUACACAGUUUUGGCUAAAGUUACCGAAAGCACAAAAGGAUUUAUUCAAAAAUCAUUGCCCAACUGUGUAGAUUUUAAGUUAAACAUUAUUACAUGUAUAACAAGUGUAAGAGGCAUAUGUUUUAUCACAAGACUAUCUUACAUUGACAUAAUAUCUAUGUGUGAGCUGAUAUAAACACCUGAACAUCAUUAUAAAGCAUACAAGUAUAGCAUGAAGUUUAUCUCCUUUUGCAUGUAAAGAACAUGUAUUGGAUAAAAGAUUUCUUCUAUAGAUUAUAAUAAAUGAUUAGAUUUACAGCAAUUAUAUCAGUCCAAGUGAUUAUUAAAGUUAAAGUUAUCACUCAAUGACCUAUCCAUUUAAAAGUUUACUUUUUUUUUAAAUUGAAAUUGAAAUUUUUGCAAAAGUUAUAUCUUCUUAUCCUUGGGAAAAAAAUUAUAUAUUCAUAAAGCAAUAAAUCCAAUCUUGCAUCCUAGGACCAGGAAUAAGUUUUAACUAUGUCUACCUUCAAUAAGAAUACAUUUACAUAAUCAUGUGCAAUAAAUACAAGAUGGCAUCCCAUAGCCAGAACUUAGUCAUAGCUUGUCUAUCAUCCAAAAGAAUUGAUUCUUAUAUUCAUGUGCAAUAAAUAUAAACAAGUGCAAUAUCCAGAACUAAGAUUUUAUAAAGUAGCAGAACCAAUUUGUUGUGAAUUAUUUAUUUAUUUACCUAGAAAUUAUUAGUGAGUUAUUUGAUUGUUAUUGUUGAUGUAGUUGUUUGUUAGUUGUGAAUUUAGAUUAAAAUUUAUAAAACAUA